AUGACGGCGCUGUCCGCGCGCGGCCACCUGACCCUGGGCGCCGUUGUUAUUAGGCGCGGCGAGGCCGGCGGCGCGCGGCAGCGGGGUUGGGCUCAGGCGGAGAGUCGACGGAGAGAGCGAGGGCCGGGCGCGCGCGCGAGCGCGCGCCCGCGUUUCUGUGCCGUCUGCGGUGGCCGCUCGCUCACUUGUCUCCCGCCUCCCGAUACGGUCUUGUUCAGCCCCCUCAGUCCUUCCUCCCGCCUCCCUCGCCGGCCCUCAGGGGCAGCGGGCGCGCGGGUGAGCCUCGGCAAGCGGGCCGACCCGGCGGCCGGGCUGCAGGGCGCGUGCGUGCGUGGCGGGGCGGGGCGUGCGCCAAGGCCGCGGUGCAAGGAGGUGCACGUGCAGCCGCUGGGAGCGGGCGCCGCGGGGCAUCGAGGCCAGUGUCCACAUCCUAGCCUCGCGGCCAAGAGUAUGGCGCUGGGCCGGCAGCUCUAG